GUGUCUUCAGCACUCAAAGGAGAACUCCAAGCCACAGUGUUUCACCUUGCCAUUGCGGAAAAAACCUACCUUUGACCUGCCAAAUUACAGCAGCCAUGUUCCUCUGCUGCCGCCGCCACCUCACCUUCUCACCGCCCACCGCCGUCCCCUCUCCCAGUGGACACCGCCCUCUCAAGCCAAGAACGCCCAGAGCCCCAAUCCUAGCAUCCAAGAACCCCCCACCACGGCCAUGGCCACUGCCAAGGCGGCAAUGGCGGUGGCGGUGCAGCAACACCGAUGCCGUCCAACCGCCACCCCUCGUCGAGGCCAGUGUCUCCGGCGGCGGCGAGAAGAAGAGCUUCUGGGCGGCGGUGAGCCUCAUCAUCGGCACGGCGGUCGGGCCGGGCAUGCUGGCGCUGCCGUCGGCCACCAUCCGCUCCGGCCCGGUCCCCUCCACCGUGGCCAUCCUGCUCUCCUGGGCCUACGUCGUGUCCUCCAUCGUCCUCGUCGCCGAGCUCAGCUUCGCGGCCAUGGAGAGCGGGGGCGUGAACGAGGUCAGCUUCACAGGACUUGCGUCGAGCACCUUGGGGGCAACCUUCGGCGGCGGCGUCGCCGUCGUCUACGCUGCGCUGAGCUUCUCCCUGAUGGUCGCCUGCGUAGCCGGCAUCGGCUCGCUGGUCUCUCAGCUCUUCCCCGCGGUGAAUCCGGUCUUGGCCAACGCGCUCUUCCCGUGCUUCGCCGGGGUGCUCAUCGCGUUCUUCCCGUUCAAGGCUGUCGAUGGCGUCAACCGCGUGCUCUGCGGCCUGAUGCUCGUCUCGAUCACGUCGCUUGUGGUGACAGGCGUCUCCGUCGGCCGGAGCAGCAUGCUGAAUUCGCUUGGCCACGCGUGCUGGAGCCCUGGUGCCAUCUUGCCGGCCAUUCCGGUCACCGUGCUCACGCUUGGGUUCCACGUGAUCACGCCAUUCAUCUGCAAGAUUGUAGGUGACUCGGUGUAUGAUGCACGCAGGGCUAUUCUCAUUGGGGGUGCUGUACCAUUGGUCAUGGUUUUGUCAUGGAAUGCGGUCAUUCUGGGAUUGGCAGGCGCGACCGGCAGUGCAAGGUUUGAUGACCCUAUUAAGCUUCUUCUCUCGGUGAAUCCAGCAGCAUUGGCUCCCGUUCGAGGCUUCGCGUUUGCUGCAUUGGCGACGAGCUUGAUAGGAUAUGCAGUCAGCUUUCCGAAGCAGUUGGAAGACACUUUGCAGUUGAUUGUUAAGAGUUUUUCAAUGAAGCAAGGAAGUGUGGAGUUGUCCAAUGCUGGUGGUGAUCAUGGCAGGAACGAGGAGGUGGUUCUUACGUUGGCGGUACUGAUAAUUCCCAUAUUUAUUGUAUCAUUCUUUUCAACAGCGUUUGCCAAGGCAUUAGAUUUUGCUGGGGUUUAUGCAAACUGCUUCUUAUUUGGGAUCCUGCCUCCUGCAAUGGCCUGGAUUCAUCGGUCAAGGAAAAAGAGGUCACCUGGUUCAUGUGAAGACAUUUUGCCUGGUGGGAAUGCUGCUCUCUUGGUACUUUUCAUCAUUGCGGUCAUCCUAGCAUUCCGGCAUUAAAAGAUUAAAAUCGUGAAGUUAUUAUUGUAACUGUCUGCAGAACUAACCAGAGUAAUCAAAAGACUUCUUCCAGUAAAAUUAGUGGGAAAAUGUUAUCAAACGUGUGCAGUAAAAAUAAAAUAGUAAAUUCAAUAUUGUUGAGCUUGGAUGGUAAAUUCCCACUUACCGAAUUAUCCACAAGCCAGAGAAACUUUUUUUUUACGGAUUCUCUUGUGACUCCUUGCCGCCAAGGCUACUUCGUGCAGUGUUUAGAGCAACAUUCGGCCAGACCAAUUUUUUAGGAACCCUUGUGUCUGAUGUUCUUUCUUACCACUGGAGUUUUUCUGACAACUUUGAUUUAUUUAGGACUUAAAAGGUCACCAGCUAUGUUAUUUGUACUGGUGCUUACUAUAGCAGUAAACUGAGUGUCUUUAUAUAUGUCUAUUACAUCAAGUACAUACUCAGUACAUCUCUGUAAUGUUGAUCCAGGCCUAACCAUCAUUCCGUUAAAUGUGCGAAAGAAGUCUGUUUUGGGAGAGAAAUUAACCAUCUUGUAGUUGAUUGGUGCUUGAAAGCUCAACUAUAUUGUCCUCACCAUUAAUGGGUUUAUUUUUAUUAUGCAACUAUUAUUUGAAAUAAAAAUGGUGCUGUAUCACCAAACUUUUGUCGAUAAACUAACCAUUUUGGCCAUGUUGAUGAAAUUUUGGUAGGGUGAAAUCAUGAUCAUAGUUUUAUACAUACUAAUAAGGGUAUUUGAUGUUAGAUUUAUGACAACAAAUCCGUGUAGAAACAUAUUGAAAUGAAAUUAGCACAUGGAAAAAUACCUCACCAAGCUUGCACUACAUUUUUUGACAUUUCAUCGAUGUUUAACUAUAUGAAAGCUUCAUUGAUGUUUAAGCGUAAAGGAAUCUCAGUAAAGCCUAGCCUGAUUGACUCUCAUGUGCCUUAAAUGUGUAAAGCCCUUGCUGCUCAGGCCCUGACACUUCGCUCAUCGGUCGUCUGUCUUGUGUCCUGGUGACCUUUGAGUCAGCAAUGUCGCCAUCCUGAGCUCAAGCUGGCCUGUGGGCUGUGGCCAUGUUAUAGAAGCAUAAUAGUAGGGAAUAUUUGCUACACCUGUUAGGUCGGGCGGCUGCCCUACCCCGCUCUAUAUGUGUCCCUCCACCACUGUUGAUGGGUUUGGAUGGCCAGAAAGCUUCGUAGCUACUACCUCUGUUUCUAAAUAUAAGACUUAUUUUAGUUCAAUUUAAACUGCAAAAAUGUGUUAUAUUUAGGAACAGAGGGUGUAUUUUUAUGCAUUGACCCAGGUCUAAACUCAUGGUGCAGUAGUUUUUCUUGUGCAACAUAAGACCAUUUUGUGUAGAUAAAAAGGCUAUGCCUGCAAAUAUGCUUGGUAAGGGUCUACUUUUUAAAUGAUUAUUUAGUUUAAAAAAUUCCAGAUAAGCUUGUCUGCAUUUUGGCUCCUGGGGAAGUAUUGAACAAUUCUGAGGCCACAUUCUAAUUAGCUAGUUUGCUCAAGUGUGCUGUAUCCGUAAUCAUGAAUUAAAUGUGCUAGUCCUUUGAUA